AUGACAAAAUCUCCAUCCGGGGCCCAAACAAGCUCGAAACCUGGUUCUGGUAACCUGAAGACACUUGGCAAGGCGUUACCACCCAAGCGCAUCACUAGAUCAUCCGUAUCACCCUCUUCUGUCAUUAUCAAGACAAACGGAAGCAGCUCCCACGCAGCGAAGACACUUAGGGUGGGCAUCGAAGCCGAAGAUGAUUCUGACAAUAUUACGAUCAACAAAAUCACGAUCAACGAGAUCAAAGAAGAGCACAGACAGAGAGAAGUUCCUGUUCCUAACAGGAAGAAUAAACCGUUUCUUCUUGGGCUUCUAGUAGAAACAAGACGGAAACAAAGUGGAAUUAGGGACGAAGAAGGGAAGUUGGCUGAGCUAAAGAUGCUGCUUGUUAAGCACGGGAAUCCCUUGGGACCUGAGCUCAUCAAAGCCAUCGAAAAAGCCUACAUAGUACCUAAGGCAAGUACGGACCAAAUAAAUUCGCCUGCUGAGCUUGGCGAAGCUUCGCGGCAAGAUCGAGUCCGCUGUAGCCGCACCAAACAGCUGAAAGCGAGCAAAGCGUUCUCUGAGCAUAUGACGUCAGCUAAAUUAGGAUCUAGCAUCACUCGGCAAGCUUCUGUGCAGAUGGCGCACCAGAUUGCUGAUGAUGGAGAUAGUGCUUCUUCCGCCACGCAUAAGAUUCUGGUUGAUCCGAAUAACAACAUCCCGUACGAUGCUAUGCUAUAUUGCAAAGAACCACACGAUAAUGUUGACAAAUUCUUUCAUCUCGAACUAAUCCCAUGGGUCACCCAGAUCCUUGCGCACGACAAUCCCAAAUCAUAUUCGCUUGUAACCAAAUCGGGGCGCAGUGGGACAGAUGGUCAACAACGAUCUUAUGCUUAUGGAGAUCUCGAGGGAUCUGUGACUCGAUUCGAGAAGAUUUUCAGAGAAAAGACCGGCCUCGAAUGGAAAACCAGGGACAAGAAGAUCAAAGGGAAAGGAUACAGCUGUUCUAACCCUUGCGGACAGGUCAAGAACGAAACCAUCAGUGAGACUCAAGAUCAAACUUACAGAGACGAUGGAACUAGUAAGAUCCGCUUUAGUAGCCCAUCCAAGUCAAAGGGUGAUUAA